UCUCACAUCUCGUGCUGCUGGCAAGCACCAGGUGUCCUAAAUUCCAAUAUGGCCUCGCAUUCUUAUUCACCACGAUCCUCGGCCUACUGGCCUGCGUCUUCAGUACAUGCUAGUCCCAUGGUAGACCCCGAAACCCCUCCACCGCCUCCCCCAAAGCCGACGAGUCACGAAGCAAGUCGACACGGCACUCCCCUCGCAGGCGCUGCAGGACUUCGAUCGCCAGGGCAAUCGCAAGAUGAUCAAGGGAAAUACAUACCCACUGAAUCAGGGAACUCUACACAACAUUUCACCUCUGUGCAGUCUGACCUAGUCGAGCCCCCGCGUAUCGAAGAUGAAUGGCUGCCGGACAUUGUGAAGGACAAAUCAACUGUUGAACUACAAGAAAUCCUAUCAAACCCCACUCUCCUUUCCUCCCUGUCGACACUGCACGAGUCCUACCCAGCGUCCCAACUAUAUCUCCAAGCGCACCUGGAGUCCAACCAAGCGCUCGCGCAACACGUGCUCGAUCUGGAAUCCCGUGUCUCCGGGCUCCGUUCAUCAACCGAGUCGCUCCUCCUCAACCACCAGUCCCUGGAGGUGUCAUGGCGCAAGAAACAGUCUGAAAUGGACGGCGCGUUGGCGCCCUGGUCGCCUAAAGCGCUCUACCAGCGUCUCGCCGCUGCUGUCGCGGAGCAGGAGGCGAUAUGUCACGCGGUGGAGGAGAGUUUCCUUGAAGGUGAUCAUCAGCACGGUCGAGCGACUGAUAAAGAAGUGACGGACUGGGUACGGAGGAUCCGGACUGAAGGGUCGAAGUUGGAGGCUAGAAAAGAAGCGAGGGCGAGAUGGGAUGAAGGGAGGGUUGGCGGUUGGCGAUGAAAGAUAUUUUUUUUUUUCCUUGGGUUUAUGCCUUCAAUAACGAGUAGCGGGAGUUUGGGGGCUUUGUUUGGAUUGCUAUUUGUUUGGUUUUGAUGCUGUGAAGGCUUUCUUCUGUAUAUAUUAGAGUCUAUAGCCCUGAUCAUCGAUAUGUAGGAUCAUUGAUAUCGAUUAAUAAAUUUAAGCCGACGAUAUUUCAAUGUGUCCUCUGAUAC